CUUGGAGUGUGAAGCGGACUCCUGGUAGUUUUCUCCCAUGUGUAGUGGCCUUAAAUUUCAGUGAUUCUGUGACAACUAGGACAUUUUGUCUUUUUCGUCUGACGAAUUUUACAACGUUUCUGGGCACAAUGAACCAUCCGUAUGCAACCCAAACUGGAUUUCAGCUAUCAUAUACCUUCGAAUCAUUAUGGAGAAUGUGAAUUGGGGCUCUGAGCUAGCGACUGGUGGACAAAGGAGUCAAACGUCUAAAAGAAAGAACCAUGGUUACAUCGUUCCAUUAUUCCUGCUUUGUUUACCAAGCAAUUAUGUAAUCACACGACUAGGUGUUCGCCUAUCCAUUUUCUUGUCCGGGAUUCCUGACCCCAAUGAAUUACAAAUUACUCUUCGUGAAGAUGAAAUGUGA